GGCCCGAUCCGGCCCGGUCCGCGACGUGCGGUGACCCCUUCCCCCCUUCCCUUCCCUUCUCCCCUUUCCCUCGCCCCUCCCCAGCUGCGCUGCCACCGCCGCCUCGGACCAGGGACCCACUUCUUCUUCGGCCGCUUUCGGAGCCCUGCGCCUGGGCCUCCUGCACCCCAACUCCUGGGGAAAAGAAGUGGAGAGGUUUUGACUGAGAUGAUCAGAAUCCAAAGAACUAAAGCUCCAAGACAUAAUGGGGGCAUUUUUAGAUAAGCCAAAGAUGGAAAAGCAUAAUGCCCAGGGGCAAGGUAAUGGACUACGCUAUGGGCUAAGCAGUAUGCAAGGUUGGCGAGUUGAAAUGGAAGAUGCGCAUACAGCUGUGAUUGGUUUGCCAAGUGGACUUGAUGGAUGGUCAUUUUUUGCCGUGUAUGAUGGGCAUGCUGGUUCCCAGGUUGCCAAAUACUGCUGUGAGCAUUUGUUAGAUCACAUCACAAAUAACCAGGAUUUUAAAAGUUCUGAAGGACCACCUUCAGUGGAAAAUGUCAAGAAUGGAAUAAGAACAGGUUUUCUGCAGAUUGAUGAACAUAUGAGAAUAAUAUCAGAGAAGAAACAUGGUGCAGACCGAAGUGGGUCAACAGCAGUGGGUGUCCUGAUUUCUCCCCAACAUACAUACUUCAUCAACUGUGGCGACUCAAGAGGUUUACUUUGUAGGAACAGAAAAGUUCAUUUCUUCACACAAGAUCACAAACCAAAUAAUCCUUUGGAAAAAGAACGUAUUCAGAAUGCAGGUGGUUCUGUAAUGAUUCAGCGUGUGAAUGGCUCCCUUGCUGUAUCUAGGGCACUUGGAGACUUUGAUUAUAAAUGUGUCCAUGGUAAAGGUCCUACAGAGCAACUUGUCUCACCAGAGCCAGAAGUCUAUGAAAUUGAAAGAUCCGAAAAAGAUGAUCAAUUCAUCAUCCUUGCGUGUGAUGGUAUCUGGGAUGUUAUGGGAAAUGAAGAGCUUUGUGAUUUUGUAAGAUCCAGACUUGAAGUCACUGAUGACCUUGAGAAAGUAUGCAAUGAAGUAGUGGACACCUGCUUAUAUAAGGGAAGUCGAGACAACAUGAGUGUGAUAUUGAUCUGUUUUCCAAAUGCACCAAGAGUAUCACCAGAGGCAGUGAAGAAAGAGACAGAGUUGGACAAGUACCUGGAAAGCAGAGUAGAAGAAAUCAUAAAGAAGCAGGGGGAAGGCGUACCAGACUUAGUCCAUGUGAUGCGCACAUUAGCAACUGAGACCAUCCCAAACCUCCCUCCAGGGGGUGACUUGGCAAGCAAGCGGAGUAUAAUUGAAGCCGUUUACAAUAGACUGAAUCCUUUCAGAAAUGAUGACACUGAUUCAACAUCAGCUGAUGAUAUGUGGUAAAAACUUCUCAUCUAGCCUGGAGUUUACCUUCAUCCUCCCAAGGAAGUACAGCGCAACUUCACUGAACCUUCUUAACAUCCAUCUUCAAUAUUAAAGAAGGGGAUACUAUAAGGGUGAGCAAGAUGACACCACAGAACUACAGCAGUACAACAACUAGCCCAGAACUGAUCCUUUUUUUAUAUAAAAUUGAGACUUAUGUAAACGUGAUUUCAAACCAUAAUUCAUGUUGUAAAUCAGACUUCAGCAAUUUUUGUUGUAUGAUUUUUUUUUUUUGGUAAAGUGCAAUUGUCCUUGUACAAAAUGCUCAUAUUUAAUUAUGAACUGCUUUAAAAAUCCCUAUCAAAGUUUAAAAUGUUUGGCUUGUGUGAUGCAAAAGAUAGGUUGGUAGCCCUUUAAAUUCAUGUUGUGUUUUGGAUCAGGGGUGGGGGUGGGGGGAACGGCAGCCUGGCCAACGAGAUGCUCAAAAAUACACGCGAUUAUGAAGAAUAAUUUUAAAACUCUUACAGAGAUGAACAUCCAUGAAGUUAUUUCAAACACCCUUAAUUUUCUUGACAGUGGACUAGCAUAAGAAUAUAGCUAGUUCAUUCAUAAAAUUCAUUCAGGAUGGUUUUUUUUCCUUGUUGCCACUUAUUAUUGCAGGUAAUAGUGUAUUUCAUAAAAAUAUCAUAUUGAUCUUGGGGCUAGAAUGCCUUGAUUCUUUGCACCUCUUUUGCAAAGUCCUUACAUUAAAUUAAUUACUAAUUGAAAAGGAACAGCUUUCUACAUAGAGUAAGUAGGAAUCUGUAGCAUUUUUACUAUCAUGAUUGGCUGGGCCUGCUGCUGUUCCUAACAAAAUAUUCUGAACUCCAUUUUAUCAAUAAAGCUUGAUUUUAACAAACAAGACAUUUAAUCAUGUAUGUGUAAUUCCUCUUGCUUUUUAAAAUGUCGUGUCAUUGUAAAUGAGGGGUUUCAGAUAUUGAGACAUGAAAACCCAUUUUAAAAAUGGACCACAGUGUUGCCCAAGGCAUAGAUGGAAUUUCUCCCCACCAUUAGAUGGACUAGAGGCUUUAAAUAACUGUUGUUCCUUAAUCUAUUUUAAAUGGGUUUCUUUCAGACUACUUAUUUUUCAUUUAGAAAUGCAUCAGCUUGAAUUUAGUCACCAUUUAAUGAAAAUGUUAAUUGAAGCCUGAUAAUCUAACACCUUAUGAUGUGUGUGUGUGUUUAUGUGUUUUAAUUGACCCACUUAGUUAGAAUACUUGUGGUUAAAAUACAUUUGUGAUUUGAAUUAGAGCAUGUUGACCACAUAUAAACAUUGGUCAUUAAAAAUAACUUUCAAAAGUUAUGGAAUUAUAGGUAUUAAAAUAAAAUUAUCUUAUUUUAGGCUUACCUUCUUCUCCCUUUGAUCAUAUGAAAGUAAGUUUUCAAAUUGGUCAUGCUGACAGACUGCUGUUUUGUGCUCUUUUGUAUUGUCUCUUUAGGUUGAAAAUAUUGUAUUACCAAUAUGUAGUUUUAAUUAUUCUGUAGGCAGGAAAGUAAGAUUUUAACCCUUCAUCUAAUACAAAAUCAAAACGUGGUGUAAAAAUGUAGUAUGAUGCUCUCUAUUUACUCUUGUAUUUUCCCUAAUUUGGAGAGAUACAUAUUUGUGUAUGUAUACAUAUAUGUAACCGUAAAAUUAUUUCAAGGUUAAGGAAUAUUGGACAAAGUAAUUUAAAAUGUCUCAGAUUUAAAUAGAGUUAAUAUACCAGCAAAAUCCUUCCUUUAUCCCUCUCUUGUGGGGUGAUUAAAUGUAAAUUGUCUUUUUGUAUUCUGUAUCAGCAUGAAUGAAGAAAAUAUAAAUACUAUUUGAAUUUCUAAGUUUAAUUUGGGUUAAAGACCACUUCCUUACCUAAUUUCUAAUUCCAUUAUAGAAUGAAAACUUAUAAUGUCCCAAGUUAUGCCUUUGUACUCCUGCACAAAAUUAAUGUGUAGAUAAUAUGGCAAGUGAUUCUGACUACCAGUGUAGAAAGCUGAAUUCUUAGGACAAGCCUAUUCUUUACUGUAUAGACUAAAGUUUAGCUGUAGAAACAAUAGAUUUUUAAACUGGACUAUGGAAACUUUCUGAGAUGUAAAAUAUUAAAUCACAAGUAGAAUUGUGGCAGAAAGCCAUAUUUCAAACCAUAAUGACACAGUGUGUCAUGAUGAAAUUUCUUUUAAAACCAUUUUAAGAGGCCCUGCCUAAAGAAUGAGGACAUGAAAACAUUCUUCUCUUACAGUUGCCAGUGCUUCACCUAGGGUGAAAGAAAUGUCUAAAAGUCAUUUAUUCUGGCUUUGUGUUCAGUACUUAUGGUCUGAGAACACUGAAUCUAUUAUCUGUGAAUAAACACUGCCGUGCUAGGUACUAAUUUUGAGUAUGAAAAUACAUGCAAUGAGUAUGUAUAUCUUCUUAGAGCAAUGGACUAUAUGUUUUUACUAUUCCCUGAAAAAAUAUCCAUACUUUUAAAGGCACUUUUUGCACCUUUGUUGUGUUUUUCAUUUAUUGUACCUAUUCAGUUUUGUGUUGUGCUAAAAACUUUAGCACCUCAGGGGCUGUGCCACAUAUUUUUGACAUGUCACAUGCUAUUUCCCUUUUGGGGAAAAUUCUUGUGUGGUAACAGUGUUGUAAUGUGGUAUUCCAAAUGUAGUUUGAUUUAAAUGUUCUAAUAGAAUGGACCCAGUUUACCUAUUUAAAAAGGAAAUGGCAUGUUGUAUAAAAAACUACUUUCAUAAACCAUACAGAUAUGUUCCCUUUACCUUACUUACCUUCACUGGUUCAUCUUUUUUUGUGAGUACUGUCAGCCAGAUAAAAUGUCUUAAUUGUUAUUCUGGGGACAUGUACCUUUUAAUAGGUAACUGUUAAUGUUCUGAGCAGUUUUCAAUAUUAGCAUUGACUUUUAGAAAUCUAUCUAUCUAUCUAUAUAUAUAUAUAAACAUAUUCUUUAUUUUAUCAAUUCAGCAUUAAAGAUUUAUUAAAUGAAACUUUUAUUUUAGUUAUAAAAUAUUGUGUUGACCUGCUCUUGUUGUAGUGUUAAGAACCACUGCAGAAAUUGCUCAUUUUAUUUCCUGAUUUCACAUAGUAAAAAAAAAAAUCAGGAUUAAAAAAAAACAAACAAACAAAUGAAUGUAUAUAAUUUAGAUAUUCUGAAUUACAAGUGGUUUCAUUACUAUACUACAAACCCUUUGGUGGUAUUUUGUAUCCCUUAACAUAGCUUUCCAGUUAAUAUUUAUUGAGCUCCUUGUAUGUGCUGGGCACCAUGGAGAAUUCAAACAAGAAGCUUUGAGUGCAGUAGAGAAGCUUAACUUUUGUAUGUGGUUUAAUGCUACAUGCCAAUCAAAUUAAGCCAUAAAAUUGAUAUCAUUUGCCCUCUAUCCUUCCUCUCUCUACCUUUUCCUAUCCCUCAAAUUGAAAUCUUAUUUAAAAAAGUUUGUACUCAGCAUAGGGAUCUGAAAUUUGGUAUAUUGAGAAUUAAGUUUAUUCUAUGUACUCUACAAAUUUAACUAAGGAUUUAUAGUAACCUUUCAGAAGAAAACCAUGAAUCAGAGGCCCUAGAAUAUAUUUAGGGCUUGAGCAUUAAUUUUUAGUUCUGUCCAAAAUGUUUUUUUACAGCUAGUCUCAUUAUUAAUUAGCAGCUCAGUGUCUUUUAUGUUUUUUUCCUUUUCAGCAAAAUGACUUUGUGACUUAAUUGUAAUUUCACUUCUAAUUAUAAACAUAUUUAUUUAGGAAUUCAAUAUUUUUGUGUUAGUGUGCUAUUGAAUAACAAAUAUUUGUUUUUGUUUUGUUCUUUAACAAUUCAGUAGAAAGUUUAAAUUAGAAAAUUUAAGGACCUAAUAUUUUGAUUUCUAAUUGUACAGUAUUAGUACGGAAUGUGGUAUUAGUAUAAACAUUUUCAUGUUAAAUACAUCAACAUAUAAAAACUGUUUCAGGUUGUUAUAGUUUUAUGCUUUGAAGGGACCCAAAGCCUUCUUAUAAUUUGGUUUCACAAACUUUGCAAGGGAAAUGACCAUUUUAGUUGAUUAACAGUGGUCCAGUUUUCUAAUGGAUUUGUUUUCCUUUAGGUAUUGGGAAAUUUGUGGUUUUCUUUAUCUAUUAAAAAAAUUCUUAAUAGUUAAUAGCUUUAAACUCUAGAUAUCUGAUUCUCCUUUGUAUCUUUCAGUAAUAUGCCAUUAUAAUAUAUGCCAUCUAUUUGUGUUUAUUAAAUUGAGGCCCUUCUUUUUAAAAGCAAACAUUUCAGAGGGCUAGAAAUACUUUUUAACAAUAUCUUCCAAAUUUUAAAUGUGGCUUAUUAAGGGGAAAGACCUUUCUUUAUUAAACAACAAAUAUUUCUCAAAUACUCUGAAUAAUAAAAAAAUAAAAUGAAAUUUGUCUUUUCAAGUGAGCAUUUUCCAUUUAUAUUGACUUUGGCAUAGCUAGAUUCUUUUCCCCCUUUUACCUACUUGCUAUUUUAAGCUGUUUGCUCAUGGCCCCAUACAAUUUCUAGCAGACGCUUAGAUGAAAGUAUUCAUUAGGAUAAUUUUAGCUGACAAUGAAACUACUUUGGCCACUUAACACUUUUAUUUCAUAACUGAGAACAAGAAAAAGAGGUGGUUUAUUCCAUCAAUUUGCUGGGUAUGUAGCAAACAGAUAACAAUGUUUCCGUUGUCCAGCACAAACUGCUUUCUCUGCUUUGCUCUAGUUUUUCUUCCUUUAACUUUAAUGAUUGAUUAUCAGGCUGAAACAGGCCAUUUGAGUUUGUUUGGCUAAGAAUGCUUGGUGUUCAGCCUCAUUAUUACAAGAGAAGGCAUAUUUAAAGGUGUCUGAAUGCCUAAUGACUUUGGGAGGCAAGGUCUGAAUUCAAUUUCACUGGAGUAGAGAACUCUCCCUGUGGAAGCUGCCUCCACUGUUAACAGACUUCUCUGCAACUUUAUAGUUUUAGUAGUUAUGUGGGGGUCAUUGACAGGUUGCAUAAUGUGUCCAUGGUUCUGCUGCUAGUUUGUGUUAAAAAGACAGAAUUUAAACUAGGGUCUUCCCCAAGACCAGCCCCCUAUGUAUUAAUGGCACCAUGCUGCCUCUUAUUGGAUGAUAUAUUAAAAUAAAAUGAACAUAAAAGAAGUAUCUAGGGAACGUAGGAGGUGUAGAGAUGAAAAGAGUGGACCUUAAUUAUUUUAGUAGUUGUAAUAGGUUUAAGUUCCCAAUAUAAGUCACUAAUGGUGUUCUAUCCAUGUCAGGAAAAUCCAACCUUAACUUCAGCCAAUGUACCAUUUUGCUGUGAGAAAUACUUAAUGAUAAAAUUUAUUGUUCCAACAUAGAAGUAACUUUUAAAGACUUAAUACUAAUAUAGUUAUUUAUAUUUUUCCUGAUCUCAUCUGAUAAAAAUAAAAGCAGUGUUUAUCAUAAAACUCUUUAUCUUAAACAUUAUCACUGCACCAAAAUCCUUUAGUGAUCUCAAUUCUAUGGGUCAUUUAAAGUUUUUUGCUGAUUACUUUCUCAUCAACUUUAAAUUUUAGAAAAAUUGUGUAGAGCCUUUUCAUUCUUUUGUGCAUUGAUUGUACCUUUUGAUCAUCUUGGAAAUUACUAUUUAAAACCAUUUGCAAGUAUCUUUCUUGAAACAAUUUAGAUUUAUGUACAUAGUUGAUUCUUCAGCUACUUUCCUAAUUCAGUAAUAGCAGGUAUAAUCAGCGGGUGCCAAAAAUACCAUAUACAUAGUAUAUUUAUAUAGUGGUACUAUACUUAUAUAUAAAAUAACCAAACCCAACAAUUAUUAGAACACAAGAUGAACUCGGUUUACUUUAGGAAAGUUUUUAAGUAUUUUUUUUCAGAGGCUUGGGGACAAGAAUUUAGUGAGUCUGAAAUGAAAAGUUUUCCUUUCUCAAAAUAACUAAUAUUUGGGCUUUGUUCUCUAUAGACUAUAGAUUUUUAAAAUUAUAUCUUGUAGGUAUUGAAAGGUAAAAGAAAAGGUAAUGUUAGGACCAAUCUCUCUCUCUCUCUCUCUCUCUCUCUCUCUCUCUCUCUCUCUCUCUUUUUUCUGCGAGGAGAUCUAAUCCUUUUCUAAGAAGAUUUGGCCCGGGAAACUUAACUGACAAAAGAUUAAGUAGAGGUUUUUUUUUUUAAAAGGUUUGUAGUAAAAACAGUGACCUAAAUAAGGAACAUAUAAUGUAGUGCUUGCCAUGCAUACUUUAUUAUCCACAUAAUUUAAUUGUCAGAUGUUCACUAAUUUUUUUAACCCUUGAAUAUUAGCAGACUAGAUUUCUGAUAUUCAUCUCAUUGCUGGUGUUAGAGUCCACUAAACCUUAUUCAGGCCGUCUCAGAUUUCACAAUAUGAAAGAUUAAAAAACUAAUAGAGAAGAAAUUAAUAUGGUGUCCAACAUUUCCAGCCACCAGUGCCCAGAGUUAAUGACAUUUCUUCCAAAAUAUAUGUCCAAUAAAAAGGUUUGAUUAUUAACUGAAGUUUGGAUUUGUUCUCAGUUAUCAGGUGUUUUGGUUAAUCUUGGACCCGUCUCUAAUUAGUAGAAGACCCAUUUGUAUGCAUUUUGAAGUAGAAAAAUCACUGUUCUUUCACCUAAUGUCCUUUAUUAGCUCAGUAUCUUCACAUGGAGAAAACAUGUAGUGACAUGCAAUGCUGAUUGUUUUAGCUCCUAGUAUAAUCAGAUUUUCUGUGAAAGUGUAAUCUUUCCCUUGAAUUUGUAUUAAUAUAUGAAUGAAGACAUGUAAGCUUAAAAAGCAUGUUUGCAGAAUGCUUAGCUUUGUUAUAAAAUUUAUAAUUUUGAAACUAAGAUACAAAAGCAGAGCUAUUUUCCUUAAAUACAAUGUAUAAUAUUCUCCACAGUGAUUACCCACUAUUUGCAGUUUAUGUGAUCCAAAAUGUGUUUACAACAAGUUCAAUAAAUGUAUAUUUUGUACUGUGUACCAGUUUCUGGUCCCAAAGAAAA